AUGUUCACCAAAUCCUUCAUCGUCCUCGCACUCGCCGCCCAGGCUUUUGCCACAGUUUUCAUCACCAGCCCCGUCGCUUCAACGACUUUCAGCGGUGGAAAGCAGGCCACUAUCUCCUGGCAAGACGAUGGCGCUUCCCCAUCGUUGAAGGACUUCGGCCCUGCCAAGGUCUCCAUCUACGUCGGCAACGCUCAACAACAAACCAGUCUCCAACUCAUCACCGCCAGCGUUGAUGUGUCCACCACCGCAAGCAUCCAGUUCACCCCUGACCCAACUAUCGGACCGAACAGCAACCAAUACUUCGUCCGUAUUGAAUCUUUGAGCCUUAAAGACGCUACCCAACCCCAGUACCCCGCUCUCGCUUUCUCGGCCAAAUUCGCCAUGGACAACAUGUCUGGCACUUUCAGCGACGCCGCUCAGGCCCAAAUCGCUGGCCAGUCAACCGCUCCUCUUGCGUCGCAAAGCACCACCGUUUCUGUUGCCUCUAACACCGCCACCACCAAGCCUACAUCAGCAGCCGCAUCCACCACCGGUGGCUCAUCAAAGGCUGCCAGCGCAACAAGCUCCCAUGCGUCUGCUUCCGCCACCAAAUCCUCUGGCGCCCUUAGCGUCAAGGCUGGCUGGACUGGUGCCGUUCUUGGUGCCAUCGUUGGUGUUGCCAUGUUCUAAGCGAUUUCGUCGAUAUCGUGUUCGUCUGGUAAUAUCAUUGUCCCAUUUGCAUCCGCUAGUUUUCUUUUUCACUUUUCCCUCUGCGUAUUGGCUUUCCUUGGUUACCCCCCCCGGCCAGAAGGUCUCGUCCUGUUACCAUCCGACCUAGUUAGACCCCAUCAUUUAUAUCCAUCACGCUAUGAUAUACUCACGAUGCUUGUCAACGACAUGGCAGCCUGCGGCCUAACUGCCAUGGGAACGACUAUCUUACAUUCGUUAGUCAGACGAUUCAAUAUGGCUCUGAAUAAUUAUUGGCUUCUUGAUCUGGA